AUGAAAGUUUUAAUUGUUUUUGCUCAUCCAGACGAACGUUCAUUAAAUGGCUCUUUAUUGGAAGUAGCUGUCAAACAAUUGAAAGAUGAUGGACAUGAAGUUAAAGUCAGUGAUUUAUACAAGAUGAAAUGGAAGGCUGUUAUUGAUGAGGAUGAUUUCUUGAAUCACAAUAAGGGAGAAAGGUUACAAGUUGCAGCUGCCUCUGGUGGUGCAUUUUUCAACAACAAAUUAACUGAAGAUGUUGUUGCCGAACAAGAAAAAUUAGAAUGGGCUGAUACGGUUAUAUUCCAAUUUCCAUUAUGGUGGUAUUCAAUGCCAUCAAUUUUAAAAGGUUGGGUUGAAAGAGUUUAUUCACUUGGUUUAGCUUAUGGAGUUGGUGAGCAUAAUGAAACUAAAUGGGGUGAUCGUUAUGGUGAUGGUAAAUUUAAAGGUAAGCGCGGUAUGCUACUUAUAACAGUUGGUGGCUCUAACACACAUUACAGUGCAAGAGGUAUUAGUGGACCAAUUGAAGAUUUACUAUUCCCAAUUAAUCAUGGUAUUUUAUUCUAUCCAGGAUUUGACGUAUUGCCACCAUUUACAGUAUAUAGUGCAAAUACAAUGGAACCUAAAGUUUUUGAAGAAUGGUCAGAAAAAUUAAGAGAACAUUUACAUAAUAUUGAAACUUUAGAACCUAUUAAAUAUAGAAGACAAAAUGGAGGUGAUUAUAUUUUCCCAUCAUUAGAAUUGAAACCUGAGAUUGGUGACAAAAAUGACCAUGGUUUCUCCUUACACAUUGAAAAAUAG